CCCUGUAAGUGCUUUGCACCUGUUUGAUUACACUCCCAUCAAUUCGUGGCGUCUUAGCCUCCAUCUCAAGUUCUAACAUCAUGAACUAGACCUAGCCAACCCUCCUUGACAGUUAGAAGUAGGCAGCUCACCAUGUUAAAUGGAUUACACUCGCUACUUUUUAUCUAGUAAUAAUUAGACCGGGGGCAUAUAAUUCGAGCUUGAAGAUUGAGGCUGGCGUUUAUUUCAGUUGUUUUGUCGACUUCCGAGAGCAAACCGGCAUUGCAGACAUGAGAGCGUCAGCGAAGUUCUUGAUGGCGUCGGCCAUGCAGUCAUCGAGGGGUCUGAAUAACCCCGGGCCGAUGGCGCUAUUGCCGCCAAUACCACUCUACCGACGACUACUGCGGGCGCAUCGCAAGUUUCUGCCGUCCGAGAUGCGCGUCCUGGGCGAUGAGUACGUCAAGUCUGAGUUCCGAGCCCAUCGGGCCGUCGAGAAUCCAAUCCACCUAAUAGGGUUUCUCACCGAGUGGCAACUGUACGCGCAAAAGAUCGAGGGGGAGUCCUGGGUUGGCGAGAAGUUGGACCAAGCCAAACUCGCAAAGAUGAGCGACGAGCAACUGGGCCAAAUGUACGAGCUCAUGCUAGCUAUAAAGAAUCGUAAUUCCGAUAGCGAGUCCAGCUCAUGAAUACAUCUGCAUGUAUAUGCCUAUCUAGUUUCUCUUCCCCGUAACUACCUACAGAGCUUGUGCAAUCGGAAUUUGAGGUCGUUUCCCUUCCACUUUCGAUAACAUUUCGACAUCGUACUCAACAUCAUAAGCCGAAUCCUCCCCGUCGUAGUAUUGCUGAUCUGUAUCUGGAACCCCAAGACUCUCCCCUUGCCAGUCUUCAUCUAUUUUCGCCAACUGCUGAAUCGUCACCAUGGCCUCGAAACUCUGUUCCCACUUUUUAUGUUUAGGGUUUGACGAUCCUUCUCCGGGUUCGUCGACAAAGCGUGGCCUACGCCGCUGACUACGCUGUCUCCGACUCCUGA